AACCCGGACAGGGUAAGCCGCAGCCCCAAACCCUAGAUAUCACCAUAGAAUUAGAACAGACGCCAAGAAACUGCAGUGGUAAACCCUAACCAUUCGCUCCGAGAGUAGGAUAAUGACUCAAAAGGCUGGCCUCUUCAAAGGCCAACAGAAGAAGAAAACCAUUCCUCCCAGCCGCCAUGGCAAGGCUCCAAAGAAUCGCAAAGGAAAGAGAGUUGUGAAGCCGUCAAAGAUGACGUCGGAGAUGGAUGCGGACAGAGAGCUGACCAAGUUCAUUAACCGAUGUAAUGAGGUGAAAGCAGCAACUAUGGCAAACAAAGAAGGUGGUCAGCUCAGUGUUGUCAAGGCAGAAGCCUCUAACUCUGGGAACAAGGAAUAGUUGGGUGGUGAAAUGAGGCUCCAGGAAGGACUUGUUUGGUGAUACAUACCGUCUUUAAAGUUGUUAUAUAUUGUACCGUCUUUGAAUCUCUGAGUACGUGAUUCGUAGAUUUAGUCUACCUGACUCUGCUCUUUUGCGAUACCUUUUCAAGCUUUUGGGGUUUCCAGUCAGCUUCUUUAGGACUUGAUUUUCUUUCUGAAGCAUAGGGACUUCGGAAGCUCGACAGAGAAUUACCUACUAAACCAGGAACAAGCUUAGAAAGGAUUGAAACAUUGGUAGAAAUGAACUUGUUACUUGGAGCCUUCUAUGUUCCUAUCUUUUCAACGUUGGACUAGAAAUACAGGGAUGAACAAUGUGGAUGAAUCAUUAGUAUCAACUUCCAUUCUUCUCGGAGACUUCUAUUUAGCUAAUCAAAGACAACAGCUUCAUCUGAAGUAUGUUGCUCUUUCCUCUGGAUGUUGUAGUCUCAUCUUCAAACUCUAGGCACAUGUUUUUGUUUUUGUUCCUCUUGCCUAUUGAAUUUAUUCAAUAUGAUGCAGUUCCUCUCAUUGGACCAUGAAAUAUGAAUUGAUUUCGUUCACCUUUCUCUAUUGCAACUUGUCCAGAUAUGGCUGCUACAGAAUCGAGAGACCGGAAUGCUGUUGGCAUUCUAAAAAUCGAGCAUCUCUUGCAAUAGCUCUCUUGUAAAGAGCUUCAUUUUUCCGAAAAGGCAGCAGCUUUAAGCAUUGCUUGGAGAUCGUGAACUCCCUUUUAGUUCCUCUCCCACACUUAGGGGUGGAAAUCCCUUUCAGUUCCUCUCCCACACUUAGGGUGGAAGUUGAUACGGUAUCCAAUACCAAAUACCGAAAUCCCGAAUACUGAAUUACACCCUAAAAUCAAUCUUAAUCCCUAAAUAAUUUCGGUAUCUCAAUCUCAAUCUCUAAAUAUUUUGGUAUCCCAAUCGGUAUUAUCGAAUACGAAAUUAAUUACUUUUGUAAUUAAUAAUUAAAUAAGAAAUUAGAUUAGAUUGUUUAAUAUAGGGUAAAGAAACUAAGCAAAGAGUUUUGAAUUUUCCUACAGCUAGGAUAUCGAUAAGGAGAAUGGUGGAGAGGUGACAUCUCAAGUUCUUUCAUUGGUAAGCUUUAAUUUGACCAAUCGGAUGCUGAGAGAUGACUAAUACUAGUGUAUGCUUUUUGGUGUUAUGAAAAUAACAAGAGAUUAGUGAGAGACGAGAGUGGCUUAAAUUGGAAAGUCAAAAUUGAGUUGGAUGAGAACUUCUCUAAGUUGCGAAGUAGUGAUGAAAUGAUCUAUGUAUAACUAAAUGACACUCUUGGUGGUUGAGGGUUGUGUAGUAGUAAAUGAGAGAGUCUAGUUGAGAGGAUAAAAUCUGCACUAUUUUUAUUUUCGGUAUUGUUCGAUAUUUCGGUAUAUACCGAUCCCAAUCCCAUAAUCCCUAAUACCGAAUAACAAUUGAAAUUGAAUCUCAAUCCCAAUCCCAAUCCCAAUCCAAAGAAAUAAUACGUGUAUUCGGUAAUACCAAAUAUAGACAAAUUCGGUACGGUAUUCGGUAUAUCCCAAAUACCGGUACCAAACUUCCAGCCCUACCCACACUUGUGGUGCCCAUUCUUUGCUUCAAUUUUACUUAACAUUUGUAACAUCCCGAACAUUUUCCCGACGAAGAUAUUGUCCGCUUUGGGCCUCGAUUCUCACGAUUUCCGACUUGGAGUGCAAUUCAAAGUGACUUUCCAUAAGGUCGCCCAUCCUUGUUGUGCUUCACACUGAGCACGUUUAACUUCGGAGUUCUCACAAGAACUCCAUUUCACCCCAAAACGCGUCUUAUCAUUUAAGGUCGGUUUCUUACUUGUGAACCAUGGAUCUCCCACGUCCCUCUUGAACAAUGGUGGGGAAAACCUCAACGAGGACGUUGAGUCCCAAGGGGGAGGGGGGGUAUGUAACACCUUAGGCGAAUCCCACAUUGAUAAAGUACGAGAGAGAUUCAUAAAUAAGAAACCGACCUUAAA